AUGGCGUGUGGGUGCCUUAGAAAGCCGAUUUUUUUGAUCCCUGUCGCCAUUCUUCUGGCAUUCAGGGGAGGAGUUGUUGCGGUGGAAGAACCGCCAACUACAGGGGAACAGGGGGAGCCUAUCGUAGGAACCCCCGGUCAAGAGGGCCCUCAUGAUGAGGCAUCAUCCCCUUCAUCUCCACAUGCAGAAGAACAUGCCAGCGAUGCUGAUGCAGCAGCAGAUUUAAGCAGCAGCCUGCUGCAGCAGCAGCCCUCCAACAUCAAUCCUACUACCCCUUUUGCGGAGUUGCUAAAACGCCUCAUUCAAGUCUCAUCACAGGUCAAGUCUGCAGGUCAGGUAGAGGGAGAGCAAACAGCAGCAGAAUCACCAGAGGCUGCAGCAGAAUACCCUCAUGCUGCACCUGAAGGAGAAGCAGCAGCAGUACCAGCACCAGAAGCUGCAGCAGAGCAAGAGGCUGCAACAGCUAACACAGGUGAAUCGGCAAGAUACGCAGAAGCAGCAGCAACAGAAGCACCAGAAACACCAGUAAAAGAGGCAGCAGUAGCGGCGGAACAAUGGCAGGAGCAAGCAGCAGGUGUUGCAAAUGAAUCAGAAACAGCAGCAGCAGGACAGAAAGCAGCAGGUAUUGCACCUGAGGCAGAAACUGCAGAAGCAGCGGCAGCAGAAGGCCAGGAUGCAGUAAUUGUUGCGCCUGAGGCAGAAACUACAGCAGGAGCAGAAAGGCAAGAACCCAUAUAUAUUGCAGCUGAGCCUGAAGCAGCAGCAGCAGCAGGCCAGGGAGCAGCAUAUCCUGCAGCUGAUGCAGAAACAGCAGCAACUGGAGAAGGAAAGGAAGCAGGAGAAGUCGCAGCAGUAGAGGGUGGAGAGAGAGCAGAAACUUUGCCUGCGGAAGAAACAGCAGCGGCAGCAGCAGCAGAGGCAGAAGCCACAGCCGCAAUUGUAGCGGAAGCCGAAGCAGCAGCUGUAGCAGAAGGGGAGAAGGAGCUGGCACAAAUAGUACAGGAAGCAGAAGCAGCAGCAACCGCAGAAUCGCCAGCAGCAGCAGAAGCAGCACCAGCGGAAGAAGCAGCAGCACUCGAACAACCGGCAGCGGAACAAGCAGCAGAGCUAGCAGUAGAAGGACAAGCGGCAACAGAACAAGAAGCAGCAGUGGCAUCAGAACAAGCAGCAGCAGAGCUACCAGUAGAACAAGCAGCAGCAGAGCUAGCAGCAGCAGGUCGCGCAGCAGCCGAACGAGCAGGAAUAGAACAAACAGCGGCACAGCAAGCAGCAGCGGAGAAAAAAGCAGCUAAGAGAUCAACAAGAAAGAGAUCAGCAAGAAAGAGAAGAGCAGCAGAGCGAGCUGGAAGGCUAGCAGCAGCAGCAGCGGAGCAAGCAGCAGCGGAGCGCGCAGCAGCAGACCAAGCAGCAGCAGACCGAGCAGCAGCAGACCAAGCAGCAGCAGAGCGUGCAGCAGCAGAGCGAACCGCAGCAGAACAAGCAGCCGCAGCAAUGGCAGCAGAAGAGCGUGCAGCAGCCGACGAAGCAGCAGCGGAGAGAGCAGCAGAAGAGAGAGCAGCAGCUGAAGUGGCCGCAGCCCAGUACGCUGAAGCAGAGAAAGCAGCAGCUGAGCGUGCUGCAGUAGAACAUGCAGCGGCUGAGCAAGCAGCAGCAGCGCGUGCAGCAGCAGAGCGUGCAGCAGCAGAGCAUGCAGCAGAAGAACACGCAGCAGAGCAGAGAGCAGCAGAAGAACAUGCAGCAGCAGAGAAAGCCGAAGCUGAACGGGUUGCAGCGGAACAAGCAGCAGCAGAGCAUGCAGCAGAAGAGAAGGCAGCAGCAGAGCGUGCAGCAGCGGAGCAAGAAGCAGCAGAGAAGGCAGCAGCAGCUCGACAGGCAGCUGAACUAGCAGCAGCAGCAGAGCGUGAAGCAGCAGAGCGUGCUGCAGCAGAAGAAGCAGAAGCCCAGCGUGCUGCAGCUGAGCGUGAAGCAGCAGAGCGUGAAGCAGCCGAGCGUGCUGCAGCAGAGCGUGCAGCAGCAGAGAAGGCAGCAGCAGAGCGUGAAGCAGCAGAGCGUGAAGCAGCAGAGAAGGCAGCAACAGAGCGUGAAGCAGCAGAGCGUGAAGCAGCAGAGAAGGCAGCAGCAGAGCGUGAAGCAGCAGAGCGUGAAGCAGCAGCGAAGGCAGCAGCAGAGCGUGAAGCAGCAGAGCGUGAAGCAGCAGAGCGUGAAGCAGCAGAGCGUGAAGCAGCAGAGCGUGCUGCAGCCGAGCGUGAAGCAGCCGAGCGUGCUGCAGCCGAGCGUGAAGCAGCAGAGCGUGAAGCAGCCGAACGUGCAGCAGCAGAGCGUGAAGCAGCCGAACGUGAAGCAGCAGAGCGUGCAGCAGCAGAGCGUGCAGCAGCAGAAGAAGCAGAAGCUCAGCGUGCAGCAGCAGAGCGUGAAGCAGCAGAGCGCGAAGCAGCAGAGCGUGCAGCAGCAGAACGUGCAGCAGCUGAGCGUGAAGCAGCCGAGCGUGCAGCAGCAGAACGUGCAGCAGCAGAACGUGCAGCAGCAGAACGUGCAGCAGCGGAGAGUGCAGCAGCAGGGGAGCGUCCAACAGCAAAGAAAGCAACAGCAAGGAAAGGAACAGCAAAGAAAGGAACAAGAAGAAGCAAACGUUCAUCAUCUGUUGUAUCUAGUGUACCUACUAAUGAAGAAUCUGAGGCAGCAGCAGCAGCAGCAGCAGCAGCAGCAGAGAGAGCCACUGGUCUAUCAAUUGGUCCAGUGGACCUGUCAUCGGAUAUAUCUCCUGCAUGCAUUCUUCCUUCUACUGCUGCACCUGUAUCCUAUGGACCUCGUUCUGUCUAUCUUGUAUCCCAAUUAACAAGAGGGGAGUACCAAUUACUACAAGAUGCAUCUAUUUCUGUGUCUUGUUCAACAGAGGAUAAGACUGUUUCUUUCUCUCUUGCUUAUGCAAUUACUAAUCCUUUUAAGAAAUUCCUCUCCUCUAUUAAGAAGGCCCUAUGGGGGCCCCAACAGCCAACUAUUAAGACCCUACCUCUACCCGAUAGCUGCAGCUGUCAUCAUAGAUCUAAGGAUGAGGCCCUACCUGUAUAUGCAGUAAGGGAACAAGAAGGAGAUAUAGAUGCUGUUCUUCUUCGUUGCUCUCUUCCUCAACAAAGAUAUUAUUUCCUUAAUGCAGAUAAUGAAUAUCUUAUACAAAUGCAGCAAGAACAGAUGCAAAAACAUCACCAGCAGCAGAUGCAACAAAUGCAGCAGGAGAUGCAAGAGCAGCAGGGGCAAGAAUAUAUGCAGGUGCAACAGGUGCAGCAGCAGCAACCACUGCAGCAAGCCGAUUUGCUGCAGCAAGAAGAUUUAUUCUGUCCUUUACCUUCCCCUCUUUCUGCCUUAGGUGUUGUACGGGGUGUUAGCGGUAGUGUAUAUAAGACAGGGCCUUGCUUGUAUCGUGUUAUAGGCAAGUCUUUCUCUCUUGUUACUGCUGGUAAGACAGAUAUAAUAGUAAAAGGGCAUUAUUAUGUUACUAAGAAAGAAGAAAAGAAAGAAAAAGGAAGCAGAAAUAGAAAACAUAAACAAAAAGAAAAAGAAAAAGAAAUAAAAGAAAUAAAAGAAGAAGUAGAAAUACAAGAGGGAGAGGUGCAUGUACACCUCACCGAGGAAUGUUAUCUUCAAGAUACAAGACUCUUACAAAUCUUCCAAGCCCCAGCUAUCUGCUCCGAAAGCAGCAGCAACAGCAGCAGCAGCAGCAGCAGCAGCAGCAGCAGCAACGAAGCUCCUGCUCCUAAUUGUACCGCCCUCUAUCUAUACACCGCAGCAAGUCUACCCGAAGAUGUUGUUGAAGAUAAAUCUUCGUCAAUUAAAUUCCAAAAGAUUCCUCUUCAGGCUCUUCAUGAACUAUAA